AUGAGUGAUCGAGGUUAUUCAAGAGAACGAGAUAGCGGACGAACGCGCCGACGAUCGCCUACUUCACCACGAAACAGUCGAUCGCCAUCACCCAGACGAAGUUCUCGCUCGCCAUCACGUAAUCGAUCACGACGUAGUCCAAGUCCGAAGGGAGGUCGUCGUCCACCAAAUGAAGUUCAUCGUGAAAAUCCAAUACCAAGUGCAGUACUCGGCGUUUUCGGUUUAUCACAAUAUACAACCGAACGUGAUUUAAAAGAUCUAUUUCAUAAAUUCGGUCGAGUUAAAGAUGUACAAGUUGUAAUUGAUAAAAAAACAAAUAAAUCACGUGGAUUUGGUUUCGUUUAUUACGAAGAGGUCGAAAGUGCAACACGAGCUAAAGAAGCUCUUAAUGCUUCGGAACUCGAUCAUCAUCGUUUACGUAUUGAUUACUCGGUGACAAGACGUGCUCAUACACCCACACCUGGCAUUUACAUGGGUGUUCGUACAACAUCAUACAAUCGAUCAAAUGGACAUAGUUAUCGUCGGUCACCAUCUCCAGACCGAAAGUCUUAUCAUCGAAAACAUCGUCAUCAUUCUCAUCGAUCUCGAUCACGCAGUCGAAGUCGAUCACGAUCUCGACGUGGUGGUGAUCGUCGACGUCGUAGUCCUGGUUAUGCAUACGAUUAA